AUGCGGUUAUUUGUGGUUUCGGUGCUCAGCUUGUUGGCGGCUAGUAGUGGCGUUUAUGCGGCCGCAGUCGCCGGUUAUCCAUAUCGUGCGGAGUUACUAGCUUACAGUCCAGCGCGUGGUGAAUUCGCUGCAGUGAAUGCAUUAACACCGGACUAUACGCGCUAUAUCAAUCAACAGGCCGCGACGGAACUAUUUGGUUACAGAUAUCCAGAGCCGAUUGAAAGCAGGCGAAUUACUUAUGAAGAAUAUUUAAAUCAACUCGCCAAAGGUACACUGAAGGAUGAGACCGAGCUUAUAAAAAAGCGCGAUGAACAUUUUCGGUUAUGGGCCGUACAUGUGUACGAUCAAUAUAGACAGGAACUGGAUCACCUAAAAGUCGCGGGUAAAGAGCCCACUGCAGAUAUGCUAGCGAAAAUCAACGCAUUCGAGGCUGUACUAAUAGCGCCGAAAAGUGACUACAGUCAAGAAACUUCAAUAAUCAAGCAGCUGCGCGAGGAGCAUUUACGCUUCUGGAAUGAGUCAAGACGCAAAGCCAUGCUAGCUCUGCAACAGGAAGAGCAAGCGGUGAAGUCAAAAAUUUAUUCACCAGACGCAGGUGAAAAGUUAUUCCAAAAUGCGCCAACACAGGCUGUAUUCUUAAGUGAAACAGCCGAGCAGAAGAAGGCGCGUGAAGAGCACUUGCGCAUCUAUCAGGAGCAACACUUGCGCGAAUUCGAAGAAACGUUAAACAAAGUAUUCGUUGCGCCUUUAACUAGUGAAAACGCACCUAAUCUGGCAGCACAACAGCCUGUGUUCACGCAGACACUACAGCAAAGCGCGCCAGCAGCCAAUAACGAAAAGUUAGCCACUGCAAAAUCAUCCCUGCAAAUAGAUAAUUAUCAGAGUCAGCCGCAAGUGUAUGCCGGCGUGCAAGAAACGGCUGAGGUGCAGCGCGCACGUGAAGAGCAUCUCAAGCUGGUGAAGGAAGCAAAUUUGAAGGCGAGUCUGACAUCAAAAACUGAAAAGGUCCAAACUGAAACUGAAGUAAAACCCUUAUUGUAUGACGCGUCAACUGAUAAACUAGCGGAGGAGCAAUUCGCUGAUGAAGAAGCGCAUUUACGCGCAGAGGAAGCGAAGCAGCGUGAAGCUGAACUUUUAGCCGAAACUGAGCGCUUAAGAGAAGAACAACGCUUACAAGCUGAAGAGCUGCUGCGCUUGCAACAAGAGGAGCAACGUCGUCAAGAGCAGGAACGUUUGGAUCAGUCAAAUGAAAAUAAGGAAGCUGUGCAUUACGCUGAAAAACCACAAUUACCGAUCGCGGCACCCGCAAAAGAGACACUUGAGUCAUUAAUACAGUCACAAUAUCAGUUCGAUCCGGCUGCUACCUACGACAUACGCGAAACGGAAAAAUAUGCAGGCAAUCCAUAUUUAUUACGUUACGCCGUACCGGGCGGUAAUGUCAAACAGAUCGGCACGCCCAUAGCGACUACUGCCUACUAUAUCGGUGCACAGAAACCCGCGCAAGAACAGCAAGUUUACGCCAAUCCCGGCGUUUACUAUUUGCGCGACGCCAAUGAGGGUUAUCUCAAAUUGGAUAAUCCCUACUUCCUACAUUAUAUAACCAAUCAACAGGGUGGUAAGGAUACACUAGCAACAGCUGAUGCGGCGUCUCUGGCCUCCGCACUAGCCGCCUUGCAUCAGGCACAAAAGAUCGAACAGCCAAUCGCUGCAACUUUCGGUCAGAAACCAAUUGCACCGUCUGUUCCGAUUACUCCUGUUGCUCCCAGUGGACCCCUUACAUCACUAGCGCCAGCAGCACCCAUACUUCCAAUUGCACCGCUCGUGCCGAACGCCGACAAUAUGAAAAUUGUCUACGGCAAUGAUGCCGCUUUGGCUGCUUUGGAGAAGGCGACACGUGAGCAUUUUCGAGCGCACGAAAUCGCCUUGGAGCAAUUACGUUUAGCCAAUCAGAAACAGUCGCCGUUGCAGAAAGAUUGCUAUUGA